AUGGAACGGAAAGGCAUCAUCCUUUCCCCGGGCUGGAAGCUGGUGCUGGCCAGGCUGCUGACGACGAUGGCAAUUUGGUCAAGUGCUGCCGAUGCCAGUGAGGCAAAGAAAUCGAGAGCUCUUUCGAAUUUCGCCGCCAUCAGGGAUGGAAGAUUUUUGCCCAUUUUCACCGUGUUCCAGUGGGGCCAGGGACUCUGUUCGGCGUCCUCCGGGGAGUACGGAUCGUGCCAGCCCAACAACGAGUGCGUGCUGAGGGGUGGCAUCCCGGCUGGACCGUGCGCCGGCGGGUACGGAACCUGUUGCAUUUUCAUGGCCUCCUGCGGCGGAGUGGCACGCGAGAACGGAACCUACUUCGUGAAUCCCAACCAUCCGGACACGACAGACGGCACGGGCAGCUGUCAGCUGACGGUGCUGAAAAUGCACCCGGACAUCUGCCAGAUCCGGCUGGACUUUGACCAGUUCUCGAUCAACGGACCGGAAAUCGUGAACCACAUCUGCAACAACGAUCAGUUCCUAGUCUCUGGCGGCAGCCCAGCGCCUACUAUUUGCGGAACGUCCAACGGCGAUCACAUGUACAUCGACGCCGGAAUGGGACAGAGCAACCCAAUCAUCCUGACCGUAAUCACCAGCGGUCCGAGCUAUCCCCGAUCGUGGCGUGUUCGAAUCUCGCAAAUCCCGUGCGGAGCAAUUUCAAAAGCCGAACAAGGUUGUCUCCAGUACUUCACCGGGGUCAGCGGCCGAAUAAAAAGCUUCAACUUUGACACCAUCAGUGGUCGCCAGCUGUCCAACCAGGACUACAGUUUGUGCAUCCGAACGGAGCGCAACUUCUGCAGCAUUCACUACACGGCCUGUCCGGACGUUAGCCGGAAUCGCUCGCGCACGUUCACGUUGUCCGGGAACUCGAACAUGGCCGUCCAGGCGAUGGUCGGAGGGGGAACGCAGGGGGCGCCGAACUCCUGUAUGCACGAUUGGCUGUUGAUUCCGUGCGCCAAAGUGGCGGAUCGAAUGCCGACGGCCAGCACCUGUGAGGAUAAGAUUUGCGGUGGGGUUUUCAACGCGGAGAUUAGUUCGGUUGAGAGGACCGUGGUUUCGACGGUGAGGCCGUUCCAUCUGGCGUUCCACACGGACUCGGUUGAGGCUCCGAUGGAUGUUGAUAAUAGGGGGUUCUGCUUGGAUUAUGUACAGCAGCCGUGUACUAGUAAUUAG